CAAAACAGAUGUUAAAGGACCAAAGAAGUUAUUCCCUGACUUGCCUUUUGGAAACAUGGACACUGAAAAGGUGGAGAAUCGGAAAGUUCUUCUUGAGUCAUUCUUGCAGCAAUUAUGCAUAAUAUCAGAGAUUGCCAACUCUGAGGAAAUGCAGGAGUUCCUUGCUCUGAAUACCGAUGCUAGGAUUGCCUUCGUCAAGAAGCCUUUUGUGGUGUCUCUGAUCGACAAGAUGGCUGUGAAUGCCAUUGUUGAUACACUGAAAACAGCAUUCCCUCGUUCAGAGCCUCAGAGCCCCACUGAUGACAUGGGAGAAGGGGAGGUGGAUGGUAAGAAACUGCCCAAGUCCAAACUGAGAUUUUCAAGCAAAAUUUCCCCUGCAGCAAGUGUUAGCAAUGUACCUUCACCUGCCAUUUACUGCUAUGAUAGUAGUAGUUCGGUUGUGGAGGGUUUCUCUGUUGCUGGACUCAAAACCUUUAUCCAGGAGCAGGAGCAACAGUUGCUGGACCAUUCCCUGGAACAGGUUCCUGUAGUGAAACUCAGCAUUGCUACUGCAGCCAGUGACAGCGAGGCAAAUGAAGUUCAACAUAGCCAGGAACAAUCAGCUGAAAACCACAGGAAUUCUGAUUCUGAUACUGCCCUGGCUGAUGUAGCCCUUGAUCUUCUGUGUUUGGUGACACAAAAGCAUUGGAGUUAUCUUUGUGGCGAGAAGCUGCAACAAACUAUCCGUAUGGUUUUUGGGACCUUGAUUGACAGGUAG